CCUCCCUCCCUCCUGACUGUGGCCCCCUUUUUUCUCCUUGACUGCAUGCGCAGCCGCGCACACGCCUGAGAUGCCCUCCUCACCAGAGGAAAGCCCGGCCCAACCACCGACCAAGCGCCUGCGCAUGAUCAACCCGCUGGAACAGACGCUCGCAUCGGAUGACGGAAUGACCUCCAGUCCUCCUUCGGCACCAGUCGACCCGACAUCCCCUCUCUCACCGCCGGAGGUUGCCACCAUCGCUGACCGCUUUCGCGCCUUGGACAACCCGUUCCUGGUGCGCGGCCAGGCGGCAGUCCUCCUGAGAAAUGAUGCAGCGGCCGAUGCCAUCGAUGCAGGAGCUCUAUUGGUCCCCUGGCGUCCGGACUUUCUCCCCGCGUCGACUCCUCGGAUGGCCUUCGACCGCUUCGAUGUCCACCAUCUGCUUGAUGAGCGCACCUUCCCGGCUGAAACCUCUCCAAAGGGCCCCGCGUCAGAGGGGACGAUUCUCCGAGCGCGAUUCCGCCCACAGGACUACCUCGCGCCGGGGGAUGUGGAAUCCGAGACUGAGCACGACCAUGGGCAAGUCCAUGAUGUCAUCUAUGGCCGGCUGCCGGAGGAGCUGGACACCCUGUCCGACUGGCCAGCCUCCUCCGAUUCGGAAGACGAGUACACCUGGUCCGCGGAGCAGUCUCCCCCUUCGAAGCAGGAUGUGCCAUCUUCAGGGCCCGCACUUGCGCCUGUGGGGGCUCUGGCGAAUCUCUUUUCGGCCUACGCCCACUCGGACUCCAGCUCAGACGAGGAAGACAAGCCACCCCCCUCUGUCGCCAGCCGACCUGGCAAGAUGCCCGUCCGGGGUGCGAAGACCACCCAAGCCAAUGUUGCGAGCCCCGGCCCAGCCACCAGGCCAUCACCCUCCCCGCCGAGACACACCACUGCCCUGGAACGGCGUUGCCACCGUCUUGGGAUGUUCAUCGACGUCAUGCGCUUUCAGCCGCUCCUCGAUGCGCGCCAUGAUCAUUCGGUCUUUCUGAAUGAAAUGGUCCGCAAGCGUCGGCGGGAUGAUGCGCGCGACCGACGGGCAGCUCGAGAGGCUCUGCGCCGGGAUGUUGCUGCCGGGGCUAGCAUGCUAAACGCUAUCCCGGAAUGCGGCCAGGUUGCCUCUGACAAGCAGAUGGGCAUCCUCCUGAAGACAGCGCGCUUCGUCGGCGGUCUUCCCGCUGCUCGGCGCCCGGGGGCCCAGCAAACCAUCCUCUCGAAACAGCAGGGCAAUGAUCUGUUUGCCUUCCUUGCGCCAGGUGCCCCGCUGCAUCCGGUGUUCUGUCUCUUGUUGGAGGCUUACGAUGCAGGACGCGAUUUGGACAAGCUUUGCCGGCGCAUGGUUCACCCUGCUGUUUGCCCGGCCAUGCGGCCGCCUUCGUGCGACUGUCGCGACCGCUAUCACACGGCCGCCCAGGCUCUGAUGGACCGUCGACAGACUCUGGCCCAGCACUUGACGCACAUUCCCCACGCCCUCCCCAAUGGCUUACCCAUUUUGGUCCCAGAUGCCGAGUCUGGGGCCUCCCUGCGGCGCUCCAUAGGGCAACGAGUGCACCAGGAAGUGCCAUCUGUGGCCGCCAAGCCCGGGCCACCGGAGGUUGACAUCUUUUGGCAGCCCAUUGCGCCGGGGGAAGUCAGCAAAUGGCCCGCCUCAUCGGCCGAUGUGCGGCUUUUGAAGGACUGGUGCUCGGAGUGUCGGCCGCGCUUGCCCUCGAGCCCGCCGCUCGAGGCUGCAUCCUCGGAAUUGCCCAACUCCCCGGACGUCAUGGAAUCCUUUGACCAGCCGUGGGACCGGUUCUAUGGCUUCUAUCAGUAUCUGCUGGCGGUGGCUCGUGACGAGGCGUGGGUAGGCCCCGCGUCGGCUCGUGCCAGAGAACAGCCACAACUGGCGGCCACCGUUGCGUCUGUCCACCCGCCGGCCGAGGAGGACAUCGCGACUCCUGCUCCUGAACAUGACCCGGAGGUGAACGCCACCCCGCAUGUUGAACCCAGUGUCGAAAAGGAGCUGCUGAGCAUCGCGGCUGAGGUCGACGCACAAGAGGCCCGGCGAGCUCGCAUUGCGGCCAUCCUCGCAAGCAGGCGGAAGACCAUCAAGGAAUAGAGACCCCCAUCACCCUUCUUGCCGGGUGGGACUCUCACCUGGACCAGGGCGUGACUCCCCGGGGGCUUUUGAUGUGAGGGGAGGGAAAGAGAGACGGAUGGAAGAGGGACGAG